AUGGCGGCCAAGAAAUCGUCGGACGUGUCCGCCCGGCUCCCACCCUCGGCUACCCAAAGCGCGCCAUUCGCGGCCGCGCAGUCGAGCUCGGUACCAUCAACGCCUCACCAACAUCCCCGAAAAUUCUCGUUCGAAUCACGCGAGCACUCGCCCGGCGCGACGCAGAAUCAUUCCCCCCGCUCUGCCUACUCCGAGACAAACGGCAGCGUCCCUUCGCUUCGACCACUCCCCCCUAGGCUUGGAGGAUGCCGAUUCGAGACCGCGAUCCCCCACUCGCGACGCCGAAUGCCCUACAGCAUCGGGACGGACAGGCUUGAAAAUCUGAGCGCGGAUAAGGUGAAGAGCAAGCUCUCGGACGAGGAGGAGUCGAAACUUGAAAGCCACAUCCAGGAGUUGUUCAGCAGGCUAUUACCGACAGAUGCGAUUGAGAUGAACCGGCGAAAGCUGGUUGACAAGCUCGAGAAGCUCUUCAACGAUGAGUGGCCGGGCCACGAUAUCCGAGUGAACUUGUUUGGGUCGUCAGGAAACCUUCUAUGCUCCGAUGACUCUGACGAUGGGAUGGAAAAGGUCGUCUGUGUCUCGUCUGCCAAGGUGCCCAUCGUGAAGAUUUGGGACCCUGAACUAAGCCUGGCUUGCGACAUGAACGUCAACAACACAUUAGCUCUGGAAAACACUCGCAUGGUACGGACCUACGUUAGCAUUGACGACCGCGUGCGACCCCUGGCCAUUAUCAUCAAAUACUGGACGCGGAGGAGGAUCAUCAACGAUGCAGCUUUCGGCGGGACCCUGAGUUCUUACACCUGGAUUUGCAUGAUCAUUGCGUUUCUACAGCUCCGCGAGCCCCCAGUACUGCCCGCGCUCCACCAACGGCACAACCUGAAGCUACUCAAAGCGGAUGGCAAGCGCAGCGAGUUUGCUGACGACAUUUCAAAGCUCCGAGGUUUCGGCGCGAAGAACAAGGACAACCUAGCGACCCUCCUCUUCCAGUUCUUUCGGUUCUACGCCCACGAGUUUGACUACGACAAGCAUGCCCUGUCAAUACGAACGGGGAAAUUACUAACCAAGACGGAAAAGAAAUGGCAUAUUGGUUCGAACAACGCCCUUUGUAUCGAGGAACCGUUCAACACAAUACGCAACCUGGGGAAUACGGCCGACGACACGUCAUUUCGGGGCCUACACAUGGAGUUGCGGAGGGCUUUUGAUUUGAUUGCGGAAGGCAAAUUCGAACAGUGCUGCGAGGAGUACGUCUAUCCCAAAGAGGAGGAGAGGAUAUGGCAGAAGCCGGCGCCGGCGCCAAGGCCGAUCCUGGUGAGGAGUGCUUCGCAGCAGCAUGGUGGUGGCGGCCGCAGCCGCGGCGGGUUCCGCAGCAGCCGGCAAUUCCGGAAUAACAACGCGAAUCGAAGGGGGUCGUCUGGCGUUGGUUACGAGAACAACCAAACUUUCGCCCAAGGAACACUCCCUCCUACCUUGACUGCGCAGGAUCUCUUGUGGUACCAAGCGCAGAGCCCCCACAUCGCCGUGCCCCAGGAGCUCUUGACCACCUCGCUCAAUGCUUUAGCCGCGCACGAGUCGAUGCGGUUCCAGCUGUACACCCAGCUCAACCAACAACAGGUACUCGCCCAUGCUCAACGAAUCCAGAAUACCUCGGCGACGGAUCGCUCUCGUACCAACUCCUUCGACAACCCACCAUUAACAGCCCCCAUCCGACCCGAGCUUAUGUAUGGCUUCGGAUUCCCGAUCCAGCCCUCCCCGUAUUAUCACCAGGCAUUCACGACUUACCCUUCCUCGCCGGCAACAGUGGCUGCAACAACCAACGGGCAAUCUGAAUUCCGCCGGAGUCUCCAUCGUAACGCGGCGGCAACGGACGCGGCCACCUCCCCUGGCACUGGUACCCUUAGGUCGCAAUCCCAGCCAGCUUCGAGGACGCCAAUGACUGCGUCGCAGUCCAUGGCCGCAUACUCAACGUCUAGCCAAACGUAUAAUGGGGUUUCCUCGUCGCAGUUACGCCAAGUGAACGGCUUCGUCCCAGACGAGGCAGGUGAUUUGGGGUUCGACGAUGCGUCUGCAAAGGUUCUUUCGGACUCGCCGCCCCAGGACGACGACCCGCGUUACGUUGGGUACUAUGUGAAUGACCACUCGAGCCAGAACCGACAAGCAAAUGGAUUUCUCAGUAACGGCACGCCUAGCAACGGCAAGGCGUCGGGCGAACCUAGCCAGAGCAAUCAGGGGGGAGGAGGGCGCCGCAGGCUGUCGACUGAUCAACUGCCCCAGUCUGUCCUCGAUCGGAGGAUGAAACGGACAUCGCGGUCGCCUUCGCCCAUGGGGCAUGCCAGGAAUAUGUCGGUCGGAGUGAGUUCUGCACCGCUGCUCUCGACCCCCUUUCACCAAACCAACGGGAAGCUGCCAUCGAAGCCCCUGGUGGUCAAUGGAACGGCGCCUAAGCCAGCCUCAGCUGUUGGGCCUGUCCACCCUGCGGCAGUCCCUGAACCGCUGGCUACCAAUGGCAUCGGCCAUCAUGACAACGCCUUGCACAUCCAAGGUGUGAGUCCCAGCAGCACGUGGCCUGAGCCGCAUACCACUCCCUCGCCCAGCAGCGCCGAGCCCGUCGCAACGCCAGUGUCGCAGCGGCCGGUCAUUGUGAACGGCUCUUCGACUAAUCGCUCCCCUUCCACCAUGCCGAAUAUGAUGGACGCAUCAUUCCAGCAACGGCUCGCCAUGGGAUCCGGCGUUCAACUGCCUUAUUCAGCGGUCGCCGGGGAUCCCAACAACCUGGCGGGAUUUUCACGGAUCCACACUCGACAGCAGCUCGCGCCAUUGGACCUAGCUAUGGGAGACUUUGCGGUCCAUCAGGAGUUGCCGCAUCUCUCCCCUGUGUAUGAGCAUCGCACGCCGUCACCGACAGUGGCCCGGAGGUUCGAACCGUCGCCCAUCGCUCCGGCGCCAGGACUGCCCUCGAUGAAGGAAUAUUCCAAGUCCUCGCACAAGUCCUCAAACCAUAACAACAGGUCACCGAACGGCUCGUCGGCCCGCCAGCAGCAACAUCAACAAGACUUCACGACCCGGUCGCCCGCCCAUGACCACAGGAUCAACGGGCUUGCGAGAGAAAACGGGCAUGUCCGCGCCGCGAAGAGUCAGACCGAGUCCUUCAGCGGCUGGCAAAAGUCCAAAUCGCGCAAGAAGGGUGUCGCGGACCUCAAAAACGCAGCGACCAGCAGCAACGGUGGCGGGAAUGGCAGCGGCUUCUCCCACAGCGAGCCGCCGCCCAAAAACGACGCCGACCGCAAGGGUGGCUGA